CUAAUCGUAUAUACUGCAGUUUUCACAAGCGGACUUCGAGUAUUUGCCGCAUGCAAUUGGGGAAAAGUGGUCGCGUGUUCGCCGUGAUCCCUGGUCCGCUUAUUGGAAGCGUUUUAGUCAAGAGACGCGGUACGCUAAUUAGAAGGCAGUUUUGACCAAGAAUAGGUAUUUCAAGUUAGGUGGGAAGAUGGUUAGUCUGUCUGUCGAAAUGUUGCUUGUUCAAAAUUAAGAUGAGUCAUGGCCGAAAGUCAGCUUGCGCCCUGUCCCUCUGCCUCUGGAAUGCAUUGAACUCGUGGGAGUUUAUUCCACAUUUGCCACAAAUACGUUUUGCGUGCCGUAAACAUUUUAAUAUUUAAUUCAGAUCGCAAAAUCUGACGACGUGGCAAGCAUUUUGUGAAUGUACUGCGUUGUUCUUUGUGUACAUUCAGUGUUGCAACAAUAACAACUACUGACAAUAUGCGUAGCAACGCCUCCCAUUUGCGCUCAGUUUAUAUUUAAUUAAAUAUACACAAAUUUACUGUGGCAAAUCAAAUUUUAAUUACAUUUUGUGGCUUGUUUAUGUGUUCGACGUCAAUUGAGCGCAAAUACUUUUCUUUCAAUUGACAGCAGGCAACACACACACACACGCACGCACAGUUUGAGCCCAUCCUCCUUCCACUUGUUGAUCAUGCAAUUCUUUAACUCUGCUAACUUGGCACAAAAAAAAACAACAUUAAAGAAGAGGGGAAGAGAGAGAGAGAGUCCAAGACAAUGCUGUGUUGGGCUGCACAUUUUGUAAAGUUGUGCUCUCUGUCUGGGCGCUCUGGCGUUGCCAACAUGUUGAGUUACAGUUACUUCAGCUAGCAGAGCGCUGCGCAGCUUACCAAUUGGAAGUUGAGCUCAGUUUAAGUGUGGCUGUGACAGUGCGCGGUAGCAUAUGAGACAAACGCGUUUCUUUCUUGGCUGGGAAAAAGAAAACGCUUUUCACUAUGAAUCUGUAGAAAUAAUGGGCAAAAGCAAAAGAACCGAAACAUCUUACAAAGCCAGAAAAAACAGAAAACAUAUCUGGUCGAAGCGCUCGCUUUGAAAUGUGAGAAGGUUCCACAUGCGCCGCCACGUUCCAAUUAGAAAGUGCUCGCUGUUGUUGUUGUUACUGCUGCUGCUGCGGAACAUGAGAUAAACCACAGCGAGAGAGAGAGAGUGAGAGAUUGGGCAGCAUGAGCAGCGAAUCUGAGCCUGUUAGCUUGGAGUUCAUCGAGGAUUCUUAUCUGCCGCGCAUCGAUGACAUCACCACAACGCCAUCUCUCGACGAGCUGGAAAUAGCUCCAGAGAGCGAAGCAGACUUCUACGAUGAGACGGAGCAUUAUCUGCGUAAUCUAACACUCGAUGACAUCUUUUAUGAUGUUGAUUCGGAUUAUGCCAAUACCCUAGAGCUGCAGGCGGUCGAAACGGAGUUCAUUGCGGCCAAGCUGUCCAAUCAGACGCCAUCGCAAUCGAUGGCAAAACGUUUUCGAUUGAAAUUCUUUACCAAACGAACCAUGCGCGAUGUUAAGGUCACGUUUAUAGAUUUCUCGAAACCCUAUCUGGCCAAAAUAUCAAAUAGUGAUAAUUAUAAAAGAUUUCUGACCAUUGGUCAAGCUGGUGCUAAAGGUAAACAUUGGUGGAGGGGGGCAACUCCAAUUGGAAUUGGGUAACAUAACAUAACGGGGCAAUUGUAUUUCGAAAUAUCCGAACAAGUAAUAUUUGUAGUACAGUGAAAGCUCGCUCGAAUCGGACAAUCUACGGGUUGCAGUUUUUUCCAGAAAAACGUUUAUAUAUGUAUUUAGUUUUUUUUGUUUUUGUUUUUUUGGCGAACUCAAAAUUGGGAACACGACUUAAUUUAAUUGCUUCGUGACUAAUCAGCUUUUCUUAAUUCUCUCUAUUUCCCCCUCUUUUUUUUUUGCUUACGCUAUGCGCCG